CAUCCAUGGCAGCCCACUCGUGAAUUAAUAUUUUACAGGUUCACUUUGCUAUGGCUCUCUAUGGCGUAAUUUUCUAAGCUCUGGGUACGUUUUCUUGUGGUCUGUGAAUCUCGUUCUCUUCCGGACCGGAGGUGGACGGGGAGGAAUUUAUAUCUGCAUAUAAUUUGAUCGGGGGAUCGUAAGAGGGAAGUCUUUGAGAUGGUGAAGGAGACGGAAUACUAUGACGUGCUUGGGGUCAGCCCCACAGCUACCGAAGCCGAGAUCAAGAAAGCUUAUUACAUAAAGGCACGGCAGGUUCAUCCAGAUAAGAAUCCAAAUGAUCCUCUUGCGGCACAGAAUUUUCAGGUCUUGGGUGAAGCUUACCAAGUAUUGAGUGAUACAGGCCAACGGCAAGCUUAUGACUCUUUUGGAAAAUCAGGAAUCUCAACUGAAGCAAUUAUCGAUCCUGCAGCUAUCUUUGCGAUGCUUUUUGGCAGCGAGCUUUUUGAGGAAUACAUAGGCCAGCUUGCAAUGGCAUCAAUGGCUUCACUAGACAUAUUUACAGAAGGGGAACAGUUUGAUACUAAAAAGUUGCAAGAGAAAAUGAGGGUUGUUCAGAAGGAAAGAGAAGAAAAGCUUGCAGAAAUUCUGAAAGAUCGACUCAACCAAUACGUUCAAGGAAACAAAGAGGAGUUUAUCAGACAUGCUGAAGCUGAAGUAGCAAGGCUAUCCAAUGCAGCUUAUGGUACUGAUAUGUUGAAUACAAUUGGAUAUAUAUAUGCAAGGCAGGCCGCUAAAGAGCUAGGGAAGAAGGCAAUAUACUUGGGUGUACCAUUUAUUGCUGAAUGGUUUAGAAACAAAGGGCAUUUCAUUAAAUCCCAAGUAACGGCAGCAACAGGUGCAAUUGCCUUGAUCCAGCUACAGGAGGACAUAAAAAAGCAACUGAAUACCGAAGGAAACUAUACUGAUGAUGAACUUGAACAAUACAUGCAAUCUCACAAAAAAGUGAUGAUUGAUUCCCUCUGGAAGCUUAACGUAGCUGAUAUUGAGGCCACUCUUUCCCGUGUUUGUCAGAUGGUUCUUCAAGACAACAAUGCCAAGAAAGAGGAGCUUCGUGCACAAGCAAAGGGGUUGAAAACUCUUGGUAAAAUCUUCCAGAGGGUUAAACCAGCCAACGGGAAUGAGAGUGAAAACAUACUAAAUGGUGCAGUACAUAAAUUGAAUGGAAAUGAGACAAACAAUGAUGCUUCUUCUCCUAGUACUUCACCACCAAAAUCUUCAAAUCCUGAAGAGCCAUCUUUAUCCACAUUUCCACCACAGAGCCCCUAUGUGGAGGUCACCAACUUUGGAGGCUCACUCCCAAUGCCAGUGGCACCACCCGGGGCGUCAAGACACUCAUCAACAGGCAGGAAUUGAGGGUGGAAGAAGCUUGAUAUCAUGUGUGAAAUGCUUGUGAUGUAUAAUGCUUGUCAUAUGUAUCAAUGUUGUGGUUGUAUGAAUAGCUGAUUGUGCGGGAAAGCACAUCCCACCUCUGGCCGAAUGCACAUGCUGAUGCUGUUAUGUAUAUCAAUGGGAGAGAAAUAAUAUUAUAUGCAUAUAGGAGGAGAUGGUUGUC